AUGCGGGCUGCCAUGGUGACAGGCCUCUCUAGCCCCUCCCCCCUCCUCUGGUUGGUCCAGCUGUUGUUGUGGCCCCACCCCCAUGGACCUCAGCUGACAGAGGCUAGUCCUCCAUGUCCUGCCCCUUGCAGCUGUUCCAAUCAGGCGAGUCGUGUGAUUUGUACCAGGAAGAACCUAGAUGAGGUUCCUGAGAGUAUUUCAGUCAACACCAGAUACCUCAAUCUCCAAGAGAACUCUAUCCAGGUGAUAAAAUCUGACACAUUUAAGCACCUGAGACAUCUGGAGAUUCUGCAGCUGUCCAAGAACCACAUUCGACAGAUUGAGGUGGGCGCGUUUAAUGGUCUCCAAAACCUCAUCACGCUGGAACUCUUUGACAACCGCUUACCACUGGUCCCCUCCCAGGCCUUUGAGUACCUCAGCAAACUGCGAGAGCUUUGGCUUCGAAACAACCCCAUCGAAACGCUACCAGCUUAUGCCUUCCACCGCGUUCCUUCCCUCCGACGCCUGGACCUUGGUGAACUCCGGAAGCUGGGCUACAUUUCGGAAGCGGCGUUUGAAGGGCUGGUGAACCUUCGCUUCCUUAACCUCGGAAUGUGCGGUCUGAAGGACGUGCCUAAUCUCACUCCUCUGGUGCGCCUGGAAGAACUGGAACUUUCUGGAAACCUCCUUGGCGUUGUCCGACCGGGAUCCUUUCAGGGUUUGGUGUCGUUGCGUAAACUUUGGCUCAUGCACUCGAGAAUUUCUGUCAUCGAACGUAACGCGUUCGACGACCUCAAGAACCUGGAGGAGCUGAAUCUGUCUCACAAUUCCUUGCACUCAUUACCCCAUGACCUCUUCACUCCUCUGCAGCAGCUGGAGAGGGUUCAUCUCAACCACAACCCCUGGGUCUGCAACUGUGAUGUCCUCUGGCUCAGCUGGUGGCUCAAAGAGACCGUGCCAGACAACUCCACCUGCUGCGCUCGUUGCCACGCCCCACCUGGUGCCAAGGGCCGCUACAUCGGCGACCUAGACCAGCGUGACUUCACCUGCUACGCGCCUGUGAUCGUGGAGCCGCCCACAGACCUGAAUGUGACGGAGGGGAUGGCGGCAGAACUGAAGUGCCGGACCGGAACGUCCAUGACCUCCGUCAACUGGCUGACGCCCAAUGGAACCCUCAUGACCCACGGAGCCUACAAGGUUCGCAUUUCUGUUCUGCAUGACGGAACACUUAAUUUCACCAACGUUACCAUGCAAGACACAGGCCCGUAUACGUGCAUGGUCACCAACGCCGCCGGAAACACCACCGCCACGGCCGUUCUCAAUGUUUCCGCCCCUGACAUUGGAAACGGGUACAGUUAUUUCACCACUGUUACCGUGGAAACUGUGGAGCCGGGCCAGGAAGAAGUUCCAUUCAAUAACAGCGACACGUAUAUCAGCCUCCCCGGUCCCACGCCACCGGCCUCCGGCGCCAACGACAACUCCCACAUGGCGGCAUCGCCUGUGCUGCCGGGCCCUUCGCUGUCGUCGCUGUCGCCCCGAGCGACGCGGGCGCCGGACAAACCGUUCACUGUCUCGUACACAGACUCAAACCUGACUGGCCUGGAUGAUGUGAUGAAAACCACAAAGAUCAUCAUUGGAUGUUUUGUGGCGAUCACGUUCAUGGCGGCAGUGAUGUUGGUGGUUUUUUACAAGCUGAGAAAGCAGCACCAACUGCACAAGCACCAUGGGCCGGCUAGAGCGAUCGAAAUAAUUAACGUUGAAGACGAGAUUGGGGCGGGAGGUGCCAGUGGAAUUUCAGGAGGAUCUACAGUCCACCAGGGCGGAGGAGGUGGAGGAGGAGGUGGAUCAGGGCAGAGUUUAAGAAUACAUGACCCCGAAAUUGUCACCUUGCCCAACAUUGGGAGAUCAGAGCACCUAAACCACUACUACAAAGCCCAUCAUUUCAACAACAACAUCCUGGGCCUCAAUGUGGGGGCGGGACCAGAUGUUGGAGGCGUGGCCGGAGGCGUGCUCAACAACAACAACAAGAGCAGCCCCGCCUCUCUCUCGCACAGCCAGGUCAGCAACCUUCCCAACCCCAACUCUGCGUUGUCAGGGAGCGACGCUGCUAACACAGGCCCCGCCCUCCCGUCGCCCCCCCUCCCCUUGCCCGUUCAGCUGCCGGCGAUGGCGUUCCACGGAACACUAAAGGGUCUAAGCCACGCCCACAACGGGCAGAACGAGCCGCUCCUGCUGACCAACGGGUCGAAAGAGAGCGUGCAGGAAACGCAGAUCUGA